GGCUCCCAAAGAGGUCUCCGCAGCGCCCCCUUCUUCUCACCCGGGGUUUGGGUCCCAUAGUGAUUGAGAGACUCAAGUCUUCAGCCCUACCAUGGCUAAUGGGGUGAUCCCGCCGCCCGGGGGCGCCUCCCCCCUACCCCAGGUCCGGGUGCCCUUGGAGGAGCCCCCUCUGGGUCCAGACGUAGAAGAGGAGGAUGAUGACUUGGGCAAGACCUUGGCUGUGAGCAGGUUUGGGGACCUCAUCAGCAAGACCCCGGCCUGGGACCCUGAGAAGCCUAGCCGCAGCUACAGCGAGCGGGACUUUGAGUUUCACCGGCACACAUCCCACCACACCCAUCACCCGCUCUCAGCCCGCCUGCCUCCACCCCACAAGCUGCGGCGACUGCCCCCCACCUCUGCUCGGCACACCAGGAGGAAGAGGAAGAAGGAGAAAACCUCUGCUCCCCCCUCAGAAGGGACACCUCCUAUCCAGGAGGAGGGGGGAGCUGGAGCAGAUGAGGAAGAGGAGGAAGAAGAGGAAGAGGAAGGAGAGUCUGAGGCAGAGCCUGUGGAGCCUCCACCCUUGGGGCCCCCACAGAAAGCAAAGUUCUCCAUUGGGAGUGAUGAGGAUGACAGCCCAGGCCUUUCUAACAAGGUUGCCUGUACCAAGGCCCUGCCUUCUGUCGGCCCACAAUCUGAUCAGAGCCCCCAGCGCUACGGCAGCUCUCCCAGCCCCCGAGCCCGGGCUUCCAGAAUCUCUACAGACAAGAGCCGGCCCUGGAGUCCAUCAGCCAGCUAUGACCUGCGAGAGCGAUUGUGCCCCGGCAGUGCCCUGGGCAACCCUGGGCCAGAGCAGCGGGUGCCCACUGAUGAGGCCGAGGCCCAAAUGCUGGGUUCUGCAGAUCUGGAUGACAUGAAAAGCCAUCGGCUGGAGGACAACCCUGGUGUGAGGCGACACUUAGUGAAGAAACCAUCCCGGAUACAGGGUGGGAGAGGCAGCCCCAGCGGCCUGGCUCCCAUCCUGCGCAGGAAGAAGAAAAAGAAGAAGUUGGAUCGGAGGCCUCAUGAGGUGUUCGUGGAGCUGAAUGAACUGAUGUUGGACCGUAGCCAGGAGCCACACUGGCGGGAGACAGCACGAUGGAUCAAGUUUGAGGAGGACGUAGAGGAGGAGACUGAGCGCUGGGGGAAGCCCCACGUUGCCUCCCUCUCCUUCCGUAGCCUUCUGGAGCUUAGGAGGACCAUUGCCCAGGGAGCGGCUCUCCUGGACUUGGAGCAGACCACCCUGCCGGGCAUCGCUCACCUUGUGGUGGAGACCAUGAUUGUAUCUGACCAGAUCCGGCCAGAGGACAGGGCUAGUGUCCUACGGACUCUGCUCCUGAAACACAGCCAUCCCAAUGAUGACAAGGACAGUGGCUUUUUCCCUCGAAAUCCAUCAAGCUCCAGUGUGAACUCAGUCCUGGGGAAUCACCACCCAACCCCUAGUCAUGGCCCUGAUGGUGCGGUACCCACCAUGGCUGAUGACCUAGGGGAGCCAGCCCCAUUGUGGCCACAUGACCCUGAUGCCAAGGAGAAGCCCCUCCACAUGCCUGGCGGAGAUGGUCACCGGGGGAAAAGCCUGAAACUUCUGGAGAAGAUCCCUGAAGAUGCCGAGGCCACUGUUGUUCUUGUGGGCUGUGUGCCUUUCUUGGAGCAGCCAGCAGCAGCCUUUGUACGGCUCAGCGAGGCUGUUCUCUUGGAGUCUGUGCUCGAGGUCCCUGUACCUGUCCGCUUCCUCUUUGUGAUGCUGGGGCCCCGCCAUACCAGCACCGACUAUCAUGAGCUAGGACGAUCCAUUGCCACCCUCAUGUCUGACAAGCUGUUUCAUGAGGCUGCCUACCAGGCAGAUGACCGCCAGGACCUUUUGGGUGCCAUCAGUGAGUUCUUGGAUGGCAGCAUUGUGAUACCCCCAUCGGAGGUGGAGGGCCGUGACCUGCUACGUUCCGUGGCUGCCUUCCAGCGUGAGCUGCUGAGGAAGCGGCGGGAGCGGGAACAGACCAAAGUGGAGAUGACCACCCGGGGGGGCUAUGUGGCCCCUGGCAAAGAACUGUCUUUGGAGAUGGGGGGCUCCGAGGCAACCUCUGAAGAUGAUCCCCUGCAGCGGACAGGCUCAGUGUUUGGGGGGCUAGUCCGGGACGUGAAGCGCCGGUACCCACACUACCCCAGUGAUCUGCGGGAUGCACUGCACUCCCAGUGUGUGGCUGNCGUACUCUUCAUCUACUUCGCAGCCCUCAGCCCUGCCAUCACCUUUGGGGGGCUACUAGGAGAGAAGACGGAGGGGCUAAUGGGCGUGUCAGAGCUGAUUGUGUCCACAGCCGUGCUUGGGGUCCUCUUCUCUCUGCUGGGGGCCCAGCCACUGCUCGUGGUGGGCUUCUCUGGACCCCUGCUGGUCUUCGAAGAAGCCUUCUUCAAGUUCUGCCGAGCUCAGGACCUGGAAUACCUCACCGGCAGAGUGUGGGUGGGCCUCUGGCUGGUGGUCUUCGUCCUGGCCCUGGUGGCUGCAGAGGGCAGCUUCCUGGUCCGCUACAUCUCACCAUUUACCCAGGAGAUCUUCGCUUUCCUCAUCUCGCUAAUUUUCAUCUAUGAGACUUUUCACAAGCUUUACAAGGUGUUCACAGAGCAUCCUCUGCUGCCAUUCUACCCACCGGAGGGGGCCCUGGAGGGGACCCUGGAGACUGGCUUGGAACUGAAUAGUAGUGCCCUGCCCCCCACAGAAGGACCACCAGGCCCAAGGAACCAGCCCAAUACAGCUCUGCUGUCCCUCAUCCUCAUGCUGGGGACUUUCCUCAUUGCCUUCUUCCUGCGCAAGUUCAGGAACAGCCGCUUCCUGGGGGGCAAGGCUCGACGCAUCAUUGGGGAUUUUGGCAUUCCCAUUUCCAUCUUGGUGAUGGUCCUGGUGGACUACUCUAUCACAGACACCUACACACAGAAGCUGACGGUGCCUACAGGGCUCUCAGUGACUUCCCCGCAUAAGCGCACAUGGUUCAUCCCACCCUUGGGCAGCGCCCGCCCUUUCCCGCCAUGGAUGAUGGUGGCUGCUGCUGUCCCUGCGCUCUUGGUCCUCAUCCUGAUAUUCAUGGAGACACAGAUCACUGCGCUCAUUGUCAGCCAGAAGGCCCGGAGGCUACUCAAGGGUUCCGGCUUCCAUCUUGACCUGCUUUUGAUUGGCUCUUUGGGUGGCCUCUGUGGGUUGUUUGGAUUGCCCUGGCUCACAGCUGCCACUGUCCGCUCUGUUACCCAUGUCAAUGCAUUGACCGUCAUGCGCACUGCCAUCGCACCUGGUGACAAGCCCCAGAUCCAGGAGGUUCGGGAGCAGCGGGUCACCGGAGUGCUCAUUGCCAGCCUUGUGGGCCUGUCUAUCGUCAUGGGGGCUGUGCUGCGCCGGAUCCCAUUGGCUGUGCUCUUCGGGAUUUUUCUGUACAUGGGGGUCACAUCACUGUCUGGUAUCCAGUUGUCCCAACGUCUGCUGCUCAUUUUCAUGCCAGCAAAGCACCAUCCUGAGCAGCCCUACGUGACCAAGGUGAAGACAUGGCGGAUGCACCUGUUCACCUGCAUCCAGCUGGGCUGCAUUGCUCUUCUCUGGGUGGUCAAGUCAACGGCAGCCUCACUGGCCUUUCCUUUCCUGCUCUUGCUCACGGUGCCUCUGAGGCGUUGCCUUCUGCCCCGGCUCUUCCAGGACAGGGAGCUGCAGGCGCUGGACUCUGAAGAUGCGGAGCCAAACUUUGAUGAGGAUGGCCAGGACGAGUACAAUGAGCUGCACAUGCCUGUGUGAUCCUCAAGAUGUUGCCCCUCAGAGACCCCACCUUGGUGACUCACAGACCCUAGGAAACCCAGCACCAGGGCCAAGCAUUCCUCAGGACCCAGGGAUGUGCCCAGAGUCACUGCCCAUGCCAGGCCAGUGGCCCCUUGACUUUCACAGACUAGACGGCACAGGCUUUGAAGUCAUUAUAACACACUCCUUGUCUCGUG